AUGAUCGGCACAGAUUUCCUAGAUUAUUUAUCCAAAUUUCAAGUUGCCACCUAUGUCGGAGUUGAAGAUUUUGCAGACAAGUUUAAUUUUAUUAUCACAGUCAUGGUUCUCAUGCUGUGUACAACAAUUGUUACAGUUAAACAAUAUAUGAUGAAACCGAUUUCAUGCUACAUGGCAACAGAUUUGGGUGGCAAAAACUUAUUAGAUUAUGUAGAGAACUACUGCUGGGUUCAGGGCACUGUUCCCAUAGCAUAUUCCGGUCGAAUACCAGAGACAGAUGAAGGGUGGGCGGAGUUAGAAAAACACAAAUUACUUUACUAUCAAUGGGUACCAUUUGUUCUUGGCCUACAGUGUAUUUUAUUCUAUCUACCUCGAUUAAUUUGGCAAAUGAUAUGCUACAAUAGAGUUGGAACAGACGUUCAGCAUUUAGUUUUAUGUGCUAGUCAAGCAGUACAUGCUAAUGACGAACAAAGAACCAAAAUGGUACAACAUUUGGCAAGAACAUUAGAACAGUUAUUAUUUCAGCAACGUGAAUACAAUCAUGGAUUAUGGCCUCGAGUACGUCGUCGACUUAGAAAAUGGGGCUAUGUAUUCUUUAUUAGUAAACGUCUUGGAACAAGAUUAUUUGGAAUUUAUUUAUUCAUUAAAUGUCUUUAUUUAUUAAAUGCCAUUGGACAAAUAUUUCUAAUGCAAUCAUUUCUUGGUCUAAAAACAAAUCAUACACUAUUUGGUAUUACUAUAUCUAGAAAUAUUUUAUCUGGUCUAGAUUGGGAAGUGACAAUGAUUUUUCCACGUGUUGGAUUUUGUUUAGUACCUUUAAAACAUUUUGGAUCAAAUAAUUAUGCUACAGCACAAUGUGUUCUACCAGUAAAUAUGCUUAAUGAACGUAUUUACAUGUUUUUAUGGUUUUGGAUUGUACUUGCAGCAACAAUUACAGCUAUUAGUAUACCAGCAUGGUUUACACGUAUGAGUUAUGAAAAAUCACGUACACGUUUUGUUAGAAAAUAUUUAAAACUUGGUGAACAAGUUAGUAGAAAAGAUAAAUUUAUGGUGGAGAAAUUCACUCUAUUAUUUUUACGUAAUGAUGGUGUUUUUCUAUUACGUAUGAUUGCUAUCAAUGCCGGUGAAUUGAUUUGUUCUGAAAUAGUUUGUCAAUUAUGGCAUACAUUUCGUGAAAAAUAUUUCUAUCGUGAUUUGACACGUUGUAAACACGAUUGUAGUCAAAUGCAUCAUUUAGGCUUGAAAUUAUCCCGUGGUAUAGUUAAUUUUAAAGAACAUUCCAAAGAAACAAAACAACCGAAAAUAGAAGCUUCAGCUUCAGCACCUCCACUAGCUAGUACACCUCUUAGAACACUUGAAACAGAUGAAGAUGAAGGUGGUUAUGCGGAUGAUGAUGAAGAAGAUGAACAGGACGAUCCGAAACAACAUUAUAACAAAAAGUAUUCAAGGGAACUGAAAGAGACUGUUUGAAUAUAAGAUUGUUGUUGAUAAACCGAAUGGUAGAUGUAUAUGAUUAAUUGUAAACAAUUUAUAAAAAUUACUUUGAUAUGUAUCAAAUACAAUGUGAUUUUUUACAGACAUUCAGAUCAUUUUUUUUUGAUAAAUUCAUUUCUUUUUCAAUGAAAAAUAACUUCGUAUCAAAACUAUUAUAAUUUUCUUUUUUUUUGUUUUUAGCUAUAUUUCUUACUAACUUAUUGAUGAGUUAUCUUUAUUAUUGAUUUACUUGUGUUUUAUUUUCUUUACUCA